GAAAGAGAAAGGAGCCAUGAGACAAGAAGUCCCCCCUGCUUCAAAGAAAGAGAAUUCUGAAGAUUCUUUAAUUCUGGAACAAGAUGUUGCUAUUCAGCAAGACCCAGAACAGAAACAAAAAGAUCUUCCCAAAGAGAGAAGAAAAGCAGUCAGUGAAGUUCUCGCCAAGUUAAAAUUACAGAAGUAUGAAAGCAGAAAGCUCAGGUUGAAUGAUGUCCUAGAAAUCGACUCAAGAAGUUUAAUGGACAAGUCUCCUCAGAAAUUAAGAGAUUUGCCCUGGCAUUUCCUGAGAAAGGUCAUGGCUUUGAAUGUGACAGCCAGAAACACAAGCCUUAGGUGUGGGGCAACAGUUGGUCAAAGAUCUAAGGUGGAUAAAGAGGAACAAGGUAUUGGUGAACAAAUUUUCUUUAUUAGUGACACUGACACUAAAGUCUCUAUGAAUCCCCUGGACAUUCUCUGCGCCGUGCUGCUUUGCUCUGACAGUUUCCUACAGCAGGAGAUCCUGUCCAAAAUGUCUAUGUGCCAGUUUGCCCUUCCUCUGUUGCUGCCCGCCCUCAACACCCCCAGGUGCACCCUUCUGCUGUGGGCCAUGAGGGACAUUGUGAGGAAGUGGAGGCCGCACUCCCUGGCACAGAGCCGAGGGUUCAAGGAGGAAAGCCUGGUGCUCACACAAAUGCCAACCAUCUCCUUUGUGCGUUUGGGCAGCUGCAGCUUCUCCAAGUCCCAGCUCCUCAACGAGAUUCUCAGCCCCUCCCAGCAGCACCACGACUUCUUUGUGCAUCAAGAUUUGUCAUCUGGGAAUGUCCCUAGAGACAUCGCAGAUGGCUUUGUAGAAAUUUCCUGGUUUUUCCCUGGGGGGAGGAAGAAUUUAGAUCUUUUCCCAGAACCUGUGGCAGUUACAAAUCUACGUGGAGACAUUGAGUCUCACUGGCUCCAGUUCAGCUUUUUAACAGAGGUCUCCUCAGCAGUGUUUAUAUUUGCUGAAAACAUCACUGAACGAGAGUACACUCUAUUAUCCUCUUUGAAAGAAUCCACAACUAAAUACUACUUCAUUCUCAACCGCCAGGCUGGGAAACCCAGCGAAACCCUGGCAUUCCUUAACAAAUUAGCCCCUUUGCUGAAACUGAAAAAUUCACAUAUGUUGAUGAAAGAUAGCAGGACAAAUAAAGCAAAAUUUGUGGAAAAGCUGCAGUCCACCAUACAAAGCAUAAUGAACUCUUCUCCCAAGAAAAAAGGUAUAGAAGACAUGGCUGUGAUAGCACGUGAACUAGGAAUCCAAAUAGAUGAAGAUCAUGUGGAAUGUCAAACUACAAGGAACUAUGUUAAAGAGAUCACCUCAGAAAUAAAGGAUGUGGUAUAUUACAAACAAGACAUGCUAAAGCUCCAAGGAGAUUUAUGGAAAAACCUGGCUAAAGUGGAAAAAGAACUGUGCCGAAUGAGAAGGCAGGGAGAUAUCCCUGCUGAGAAAUAUAAAUCUCAGCUGAAAGAUAAAAUGUUGGAAUUACGUAAUCAACAGAAUAAAUGUGAUCUGACUGAUGGCUUGAUUAAGUUUAUUAAUUCAAUACGACAUCUACUUCCAUUAGAAAAGCACUAUUUCCUGAAAUGGAUGAAAUUUCAGCUGGAUCACAUUGCUAGGAGGAAUCUUUCUAAACUUCGGGCUGAAUACAAAGAGAAAUGCAAGUCUGUAGGAGAUGAUACCAAAAAGUUGGCAGAACUAGAUAAACUAAUAUCUUCCACUUCUUUAGGGGUGGAGCAUUUCAUGCGUGAGUUGGGGCAGUUCUAUGAGGCUGAAUGCUCGAUGGUUAAAGAAGGCAAAAUUCUAAAAAGUGGAAGACAAUUCACACACCUCCCAGGCAUUGCAGCUGACCUGAUGCUGGAAGGGUUUCCUAUUGAGCUGAUCGAUGGAGAUGCCUCCAACAUCCCACUGCAGUGGGUGACAGAUAUUCUGAGUCAGCUCCAUGCCAAGCUGAGGGGAAGGUCCAAGAUGCUGGUGCUAACUGUGCUGGGAGUGCAAAGCACGGGGAAAUCCACCCUCCUCAACACCAUGUUCGGCCUGCAGUUUGCAGUGAGCAGUGGCCGAUGUACACGAGGAGCCUUCAUGUUGCUCAUUCAAGUUAGAGAGAUGUUAAAAAAAGAACUGGGCUGUGAUUUUCUCCUGGUGAUAGACACCGAAGGCUUGAAAGCCCCUGAACUGGCCAAGCUGGAGGACAGUUACCAACACGACAAUGAGCUGGCCACACUGGUGAUUGGACUGAGUGACAUCACCAUUGUUAACAUGGCCAUGGAGAACGCCACUGAAAUGAAAGAUAUUCUGCAAAUUGUGGUCCAUGCAUUUCUCAGAAUGGAAAAAAUAGGGCAUAAACCCAACUGCCAGUUUGUGCAUCAGAACGUCAGUGAUGUGUCUGCGCAUGAGCAAAACAUGAGGGACCGGAAACACCUCCUGGAGCAGCUGAACGAAAUGAUCAAAGCUGCAGCAAAGAUGGAAAAACUAAAUAAGGAAAUAAAAUUUUCUGAUAUCAUGGAGUAUGAUCUGGAAAAACACAAUUGGUACAUCCCUGGACUCUGGCAUGGAGUCCCUCCGAUGGCUCCAGUAAAUAUGGGAUAUAGUGAAAAAGUGUAUGAGUUAAAGAAGUACCUGUUUGAGUUCAUAAAGAACCGUGCACUUAAAAGAACCCCCAAGGACAUUCCCCAAUUUAUUGAAUGGAUGAAGAGUUUGUGGAAUGCUGUCAAACAUGAAAACUUCAUCUUCAGCUUUAGAAACAGCCUGGUCGCUGAAGCCUACAACCUGCUGUCUGUGAAGUAUGCGGAGUGGGAAUGGGACUUGCGCAAAGAAAUGCAUCUCUGGGUAACUGAAAAAGAAACUGCUAUUCAGAAUCUUUGUCCUGAGGAACUAGAAGCUGAUAAGUCACAAUUUGAAAUGCAACAGAAACUACUGUGUGGAGAAGAGAGAAUUCUGGAGUUUUUAAAACAAUAUUUUGAAAGUGGGGCAGCAAAUCUGCAUCUGAUAGAAAAGUACAAGGAAGAUUUUAUCAGAAGUGCAAAGAGCCUGAAGAAUGAACUGGAAAGUUACUCGCUGAAGAAAUGUAAGGAAGCCAUUCACAUUAAAAAAGGCCAGCACAAGAUAGCCAGUAUUCAGGCUAAGUACAUGAAAGUCAUUGAAGGGAAAGUGGACAUGCUUUUGGAAGAAUGCAGGAGAAAAGAAAGUAAACUGGAAAGUAAUGAAUUGGAAAUGGAAUUUGAAAAAAUGUGGAAAGAAACAGUUUCAGAAUUAUCACCUAUUUGUUUACAGAAGCGUAAAAUUCAUGAAGAAAUUGAGUUCUAUCUGAGAAAAAACCUAGAAAACAGAGGGAGUUCAGUUAAUCAGAAGAUACAGGAAGCAAAAAGUUUAAUGAAUUAUAGAAUUAACUCUUUUGAAAUGAAAACUGAAUAUUUAGACUUUUCAUUAACCACAACUGUGAAACACUGGUUUACAAAAAAACGGUCACAAAAAACAGAAAAAAUUGCUGAAUCCUUGCUGGACAAAUGUAAUAGUUACAUUGAAGAAAGGGUCUAUUCCAAGGCAGACUAUGAUGAAACAUUUUGCAGAGAAUUGUUGCAUAUGAUCAAUGAGCAACUUCAACAAGAGGAAGUGAAAAAACUUCAGACUUCAGUUUGCUUUGAAGUUGAUCUGAAGCUUCACAUUUUGGGGGAAGCUGCUCAUGCAUUUCAGAAGAUGCAUGAAGAUUUUCUCAAGGAAAAUGAUCCUCAGCAACGGCUGGAGAAACUGAAACCUCAAUAUUUAUCUAUAUUUAAAGACCAUUACUUGGAAAAAGAUGCCAGACAAAACAGAGCUAAGGAUUUCUGUGAUCAGUGUCUCAAACCUGCCUUAGUGGACUAUGUUAGCAAAAGACUCGGGCUAGAAAUAGUGAAUGACAUUCUCAGCAGUGGUCAGUCUAUCGAAUAUGCCAGCCGGACCUUUUUCCAGUUCACUGUGCAGAAGAAGCUGUUAGAAGAUGGGAAUUUCAACAACUAUGUGAAAUACAUUAUCAGUUAUGAAAAGUUUGUCAAAGCUUGGAUAUGGAGGCACAUAUUAGAUUACUACCAAGAAGCUGAGGAUUUGGAAGAUCUGGAGGAAGAAAUUCUAUCCACGAUACUAAAGAAAGUCAGGGAUGCUCUUGAGAAUGCCAAAGAUGAAAGUGUUAAGACAGUCUCAGUCUUUCUGAACAACUUUUGUAAAACACUGCAGAAAGACCUAGUGAUUUCCAAGGACAGUUUAGUGGGGAUACAGUUUAAAAAUACAGCAGAUCCAGCUCAAUUUUCUACUUUUAUUCAAACCUUCCUUCCUGGUCUUCAGCAACAGAUACUGGCUGAAUUGAAGGCUUUGGAAAUUAACUCAAAGCUCUGCCAUCUGCCAUUGAAACCCCAGGAUGAAAUCUUCAAGCGAGUGUUUGGCUGUGGGAAGCAGUGUCCAUUCUGUAAAGUCCCCUGCGAGGCAGGAGGAGGGGCUCAUAAAGAGCAUUUUGCAUCAGUGCAUCGUCCCCAAGGACUAGGGAGAUACCAAAAUCUGGUAACAGAAAAGCUUACCUAUUCUCUAUGUUCCUCUGAUGUAGUUUCCAACACUAAAUUUCGGAAUUCAGACACAGAUUGGAAAGAUCAUCCUUAUAAAGAUUAUCGUCAAUAUUACCCAGAGUGGCGUAUUCAGCCAGAUCCCAGCAUCACUGCUUCCGAUUACUGGAAAUUUGUCUUUAAGGAGUUCAAUCAACAGUUUGCUAAGCAGUAUGAUGCUAAACCAGCUGAUCUCCCAGCCGAUUGGCAAAAAAUAACCAAAGAACAGGCUCUGGAGAGCCUAAAGGAAGCAUUUACUAUAAAAUAAACACAGACAGUUUGCUUAAAUGGGAUAUAGAUCUGAUCAGGUAGGAAAAUUAACAAUUUUUUUAUUUAAAAAACAGACAUGAAAAAAAUCUAACUUCAAACAAAUUUGUCAUUUCAUCUGUGAAGCUAUCAGAAUGAAAAUCUAUUGUUUGAUAUGUGAAAGAAUUCAGUAUUUGGUUUCUGAUUGCUAAAACCACAGUUGCAUUUCACCAGAGCAAUGGUGACAGCCAAUAACCAAUUAAUUCACUCCCAAAACAGCUCAACUCUCCAAUUAAUUCAAAUAUUAAUACCCUGACCCAGGCAACUCAUCUCAGUGUAGCAUACACAAUUUCAUGUUAGAGUGUUUCACCCAACAAAAUCUGCUUUAUUAGA